GGAAUUUUCAUUUCAAUAUAGCUUAAAACUUCUGUUUUGGGAACAUUGGCAACGCCGCGAGAGUUGAGGCCAUCAGGUCGUUGGAGUCAGCUGUUCGGGUGACAGAAGCACGAUGGCAUCAGGGUGUUGUGGAACAAAAAAACAAAAACUCAAUAACUGUUCGGAUAUUUCCAAGUGCAAUGGUAGUGCUCCAAUGACGAACGGCACUAGCAAUGGGAUGGUGACCCUGCCAGAAAUGUGCUUCUUUUGUUUUGACGUCCUGUACUGUCAUUUGUACAACCUGACUCCACCGAAAAAUCCAAGUUUUAGCAAUGAUGCCUAUCCUUUGUUUGUGACGUGGAAAAUAGGACGAGAAAAAAGGCUCAGGGGAUGCAUUGGCACUUUCAACCCGAUGAAUCUCCAAAGUGGAUUACGCGAAUAUGCACUAACCAGCGCUUGUAAGGAUUCCCGAUUCAGCCCGGUAACUCGUGAUGAUUUUCCAAAGUUAAGUGUGUCGGUUUCUAUAUUAAGACAUUUUGAGGAAGCAGGCGACUACUUGGAUUGGGAAGUUGGAAUUCAUGGUAUCCGGAUCGAGUUUUUAAAUGAAAAGGGAAAUAAAAGGACUGCCACUUAUUUGCCUGAAGUGGCUGCUGAACAAGGUUGGGAUCAUCUUCAAACAAUCGACAGCCUACUGCGCAAGGGCGGCUACAAAUCGACGAUAUCGCCGGAAGUUCGCCGCAACAUAAAACUGACUCGUUACCAAAGUGAAAAAAUUGCAGUGUCUUAUCAGGAGUACAUGAACCAGUGGAACGGCGUUAACAACCAACAACGGUGCUAGCAGACCCUGUGGGGGUACCGCUUCUGCCUGCCAUCGGUGCCUCCACUCACCUUUCCGACUGCUGUAUGCCAUUCACUGCCGCCCCCGUUCUCGAGGCUCCCCGCGCCGCCCAUCUUUUCGCUAUACGCGUACCCGCUGCAGCCUCGCCCUCUAGCGGUCAACGCGCCGGCAAUGUGCUGGUUUCAUAAUACGAAGCCGUGCUACGCCAUGCCGCCGCCUCCACGAUAUGCUAACGGGUUCUAUCCUGCCUUUUUCAGGAACUAACCAAAUAGAAUCAGGUUUUUUUACGAUUUUUUUUUUAUUUUAAAAGCUUUUAAACUGGACCAGUUACUUUGGUGUUUAAUUGACAAACGAUUGCAAUCU